UGCAGGAGGCGGUUGCAGAUGCAAGAAACAGACCCUCAAAUGCAGAAGAAGAACCGAAUUCAGGUCUCCAACACCAAGAAACCCCUCUUCUUCUACGUCAAUCUCGCCAAGAGAUACAUACAGCAGCACAAUGAGGUUGAGCUCUCUGCUUUGGGCAUGGCAAUCACUACAGUUGUCACGGUUGCUGAGAUUCUAAAGAACAAUGGACUCGCUGUUGAAAAGAAGGUUUUGACAUCUACUGUUAGCAUGAAAGACGAAAACAAGGGCCGGCUUGUUCAGAAGGCCAGGAUUCAAAUUAUGCUUGGGAAGAGUGAAAAAUUCGACAGUCUGAUGGCUGCUGCUUCCACGGAAGCACCAGAGGCGGCUGCAAAUGACACGGACGAAAACAAACAGUAGCACCAUUAGAUGUUCCAUUGUUGUAGCAUAAUGUUUACAUUGAUUCUAUAGUAUGCACGACGCAAGUCUAGAUAAGAGGUGUAGCUAGGUACUUUCUGCUUAAAAUUGUUGCUCAUAUCAAAUGGUUAAGAGUGAAGAGAGACAGCAAACUCGGCCUUUGAUUUUGCGUUCUGGGAAAGAUGAUUAUAAGCUUCUUUCUAGUUGGUUUUUCGUAUUUUUGAGAUGUAACCAGUCUAACUACAUCUUUUCAAACUUGUAAUUUUCCAAUUUACUGUACGUGUACGAUGUUAUUAAUCGAAAAAGUGGAGAAGAAUCUACAAUUCA